ACAAGAAAAUUUCCUUCCUGUCAUUCUACGACGAUUUUAUGCUGGUUAGGCACGGCAAGAAGAAGCUCUCACCCUUCAAGUUUGAGUCUUUCUUCAAAUUCUCAACCACAGAUUCAUCAAAUCCAUCUCUAAAAUGCAGAGAAGAUCCCAACAACCACAUGGUCCAAUGCAUCAUCAGCAAUCCCCAUUCAGAAAUUUCAGGAUUUUUCCAGAAAGGCUUUUCGCUGAUCACGAACGAAGCUGUGGGGAAAUCACUCCAUGCUGUGUGUCUCAAGGGAUGGACUCAUUUAAGCAUCUUCCACACCAAUACACUGAUCAAUAUGUACUCGAAACUUGGUCAAAUCAACUAUGCCAAGAAAGUGUUCGACAAAAUGCCUGAAAGAAACGAAGCUUCUUGGAACAACAUGAUCUCUGGAGUUGUGAAGGCCGGGUGGAAUCAAGAUGCGUGCGGAUUGUUUCUUGAGAUGUGGCGCCGAGGAUUCGAGCUGAAUGGCUAUAACGUUCCGAGCUUGUUAACUGCGUUUAAUAGGUCGGGGGAUAUGUUCGUUGAAGGGCGGCAAAUGCAUAGCUUAGUUUUGAAGAUGGGAUUGGAGAGUGAUGUGUACAUAGCGACUUCACUUUUGCAUUUCUAUGGCGGGUAUGGAUUUGUUUCUGAUGCGGAGAUGCUAUUCGAAGAUUUUCCUGAUAGAAAUGUGGUGUCUUGGACCUCUUUGAUGGUUAAUUGUGCAAAUGGUGGAUUGUUUUAUAAGGUGAUUGAGUUAUACCGGAGGAUGAAACGCGAAGGGAUGAGUUGCAAUCAGAAUACCUUCACUACAGUUAUUAGCUCUUGUGGAGCACUUGAUGAUGAGAAUCUGGUUCAUCAGGUGCUUGGUCAUGUUACUAAGGCAGGCCUUGAGACCAAUGUUUCUGUUGUGAAUUCUCUUGUAUCGGUUUUUGGUGGCUUCGGCCGGGUUGAGGUCGCCAGUUAUAUCUUUGAAAACAUGGAUGAAGUUGACACCAUAUCCUGGAACUCAAUACUCGCGGCGUUUGCUCACAAUGGGCUUGCAGAGGAGUGUGUUAGAUACUUCCACUUAAUGCGUCUUAAUCAAGAGAAAGUAGAUCAAAGCACACUUUCUACAGUGUUGUCUGUGUGUCAUUGUGUGGAUAACUUGAGUUGGGGAAGAGGGAUUCAUGGUUUUCUGUUCAAGCUGGGAUUGGACUACGAUAUCUGCUUAUCGAACACUCUUCUUAAUAUGUAUUUCGAGACAGGGCAAUGGAGAGAAGCCGAGAAGUUGUUUCACAGUAUGCCGCAGAAAGAUUUGAUCUCUUGGAAUUCAAUGAUGUCAGGUUAUGUCUUGGCCGGGAAGAACCUUAAAGCCUUGAGGGUGUUGAGAGAACUUCUCUACAUGGGGAACAUGACAAAUUACGUUACUUAUGCUAGUGCGUUGUCUGCGUGUACAAAUGCUGAAUUUCUGUCCAGAGGGAUAAUUGUGCACGCACUUGUAGUAACAUCCGGGAUCCAUGAGAAUGAGAUAGUUGGGAAUGCACUAGUUACCAUGUAUGGGAAGUGUGGCGUGACACAAGAAGCUAGUAAGAUUUUUCAUUGUAUGCCGGAGAAAGGAUUGGUUACUUGGAAUGCACUGAUUGGUGGUUACGCAGAGAAUGAACAAGUUGACGAGGUUAUAAAAGCAUAUAAGUUGAUGAGAGGAAGUGGUGAAGAUCCAAACUACAUAACCCUGAUCAAUGUUCUUGGAUCUUGUUGUGACCCGAGCAACCUUCUGAAGCACGGAAUGCCCCUGCACGCACAUAUAUUAUCUACUGGAUUUGAGUCUGAUGCUUAUGUAAGAAACUCACUGAUCUCAAUGUAUGCCAACUGUGGUGAUCUUAGUUCAAGUAGUUCCAUAUUUUGUGCUUUAAUAAACAGAAACCCUGCAACUUGGAAUGCUAUGGUUGCUGCCAACGCUCACCACGGCCAUUGGGAGGAGGCGUUGAAACUUCUCCUAGACAUGCAGAGGGCUGAAGUGAAUUUUGAUCAGUUCAGUCUUUCUGCAUCCCUGUCUGCUUCAGCAAACUUGGCUAUCUUGGAGGAUGGCCAGCAUCUUCACGGUUUAGCUAUCAAAAUCGGUUUGGAUAGCAAUCAUUUUGUUGCAAAUGCUGUCAUGGAUAUGUAUGGAAAAUGUGGAGAGCUUGAUGAUCUACUGAAACUGGUUCCAGAGCCAAAAACGCGGUCUAGAUUAUCAUGGAAUAUACUGAUAUCUGCUUUUGCUAGGCAUGGAUGCUUCCACCGGGCCAGGGAGACCUUCCAUGAAAUGGUCGCACAGGGAGCAAAACCAGACCAUGUCACCUUCGUCUCACUUCUAUCUGCGUGUAGCCAUGGCGGUCUUGUAGACGAGGGUCUUGAGUAUUUUGCUGCAAUGACCACUGAUUUUGGCGUCCCGGCUGCUAUAGAGCACUGUGUCUGUGUUGUUGAUCUCCUCGGACGAGCAGGAAGGAUUGCUGAGGCCGAAGCAUUCAUAGAGGAGAUGCCGGUUCCACCUAGUGACUUCAUAUGGCGAUCACUGUUGGCAGCAAGCAAAACCCACGGGCAUUUCGAGCUGGGAAAGAAAGCAGCUCAGCACCUCCUUGCAGCAAACCCAUCUGACGACUCUGCAUACGUGCUCUACUCGAAUGCGUGUGCUACAUCAGGGCGAUGGCAAGACGUGUUGGGACUGAGGGGGAAGAUGGAGUCUCAAAAUGUGAGAAAGAAGCCUGCCUAUAGCUGGCUCAACGUGAGGAACAAAGUGAGCACGUUUGGCGCAGGACUGGAGUCGCAUCCGGAUUCAGACAAGAUAUCUCUUAAAUUAUUAGAGCUGAAGAAGGAAAUCAAAGAAGCUGGCUAUGUCCCUGACAUAAGCUUUGCAUUGCACGACACAGAUGAGGAACAGAAGGAGGAUAAUCUGUGGAAACAUAGCGAGAGGCUGGCUCUUGCGUACGGGUUGCUUAACACGGAACAAGGCUCCACUCUUCGGAUUUUCAAGAACCUUCGUGUCUGCGGAGAUUGCCAUGCUGUUUACAAGUUGGUGAGCAGUGUAGUACAGAGGCAAAUCAUACUGAGAGAUCCUUAUCGGUUCCACCAUUUCAGAGAGGGCAAGUGUUCUUGCAAUGACUAUUGGUAGUCUUAUUAGAUUUUUUCCUAAAUUUUGGUACAUUAUCAUUUGUUGCCUGAGAAAUAUCGAUUCAUUAGUUUCUUUCUUUUCUUUUUCUUUAUCUUGUAGCUUAACUCUUAUUUACUGUCUGAUAUCUAUCAGACACAGUGCUGUCAGUUUUUUUUUUUUUU